GACACGACGCGGCUGCGUUUCACCCGCACGCAGAUAACACCAAGUGGGAAGGACACUGUUUUCCGAGUUUCGCAUUUCCCUCUCAUGGUUCCCCCGAAGGAAAAAGCUUGAUCAGAUGGAGCAGUGCAUGGUGCCAGCCAAUGUAAAACGGGUGAAACCGAAUCGGCCCAAACCCCCCCAGACUCCCCCCAAACCAGCGUAUGAGCCCAAUGGGAAUAUUAUCCAGGGAGGGACAGCAGAGAGAACCCCUUCAGAUCAGUCACUUCUGCCCAAAUCCAGCCCUAAAGGACGACCUCCGGACCCUCCACCCAAACCCAGCCCUGAGGGUCUGAACACCACAGUCAGAUUCAGCCAACAGAAAAAGCCAAACCUGAGCAACAUGCAGGAGAACAACAAUGAAGUUCCCAGUGAGCAGCAGCCUUGGGACAUGCAUCCCUCUCUGUCUGGAAAUAAAAAGGACAAGGAGACGGGAGGCAGGGAGAAAGAUAAUCAGAACCUGGGCAUUUUGAAGGGAGUGAUGAAGAAAGUCAAUCCAUUCAGAUCUACAGUGCAGACGGACGCAGAAACGAACCAAUCAGAGCACACUGAGGAUCAGAGGGAGGAGACUGACAACCAACAGGUGUGUGACAGACAUGGACUAGAAGGCAAACCAACCAGACAGGAGAAAGGAGGGUUUGUCGGGAUGUUCUGGAAGGUUCCUAAAGAGAAGACCCCCACCUUCACUAGCUAUGUAACAGACACCAGUACUGAGAUGGGGGAGGACACCAGUGAGAAUAAAGUACCUGACAAUACACAGGUCAACACAGAGGCCAGACCUGAGCCCCAAAGUGAGGAGCCCCCACAGAAGCCCAGCUCCACUGACACAAAGGAGCUGAAGGGCUCUGAAAACAAACAGAACAAAGGAGGUGUCAUAUCUGGAAUGUUCCGGAAAUAUGAGGAGAAGGCAUCCUCUCGGGUGAGCUUAUUGGGCAGUGAAUUGGAAUACCAUGAUGACAUCAGCAGAGAGGAGCAAAAACCUGAACACAUUCAGGAGAAGGGAGGGGUGUUCAGUGGAAUGUUCAGAAGAUCCCCUAAACCUGCUGAGCCCACUCCACCUGUACAGGAUAGUCAGUCUGUAUAUGGUGAACCAUCAAAAACCCAGGGCAAUCUCUCUGACAGCAUCCCAAAGGAGAUAGGAGGAAUGCUAAGUGGAAUAUUCAGAAAAUCCCCCAAGCCUGAAGGUUUUACACCUGCACAGGACAGUCUGUCUGCACACAGUGAGCUCUCAGCCAGCAAUGACAGUCUGACUGACAGCACCAACACAAAGGAGAAAGGAGGGAUGCUGAGUGGAAUGUUCAGAAGAUCCCCUAAACCUGCUGAACGAACUCUACCUGCACAGGACAACCUUUCUACACACAGUGAGCUCUCAGCCAGCAAUGACAGUCUGACUGACCACAACAACACGAAGGAGAAAGGAGGAGUGUUUAAAGGAAUGUUCAGAAAAUCCCCCAAACCUCCUGAAGGUUCUACACCUGCACAGGACAGUCUGUCUGCACACAGUGAGCUCUCAGCCAGCAAUGACAGUCUGACUGACAACACCAACACAAAGGAGAAAGGAGGAGUGUUUAAAGGAAUGUUCAGAAAAUCCCCCAAACCUCCUGAAGGUUCUACACCUGCACAGGGAGACCUUUCAUCGCACAGUGAGCUCUCGACCAGCAGCGACAGUCUGUCUGACAGCAACACCACAAAGGAGAAAGGAGGAGUGUUUAAAGGAAUAUUCAGAAAAUCCCCCAAACCUCCUGAAGGUUCUACACCUGCACAGGACAGUCUGUCUGCACACAGUGAGCUCUCAGCCAGCAAUGACAGUCUGACUGACAGCACCAACACAAAGGAGAAAGGAGGGAUGCUGAGUGGAAUGUUCAGAAGAUCCCCUAAACCUGCUGAACGAACUCUACCUGCACAGGACAACCUUUCUACACACAGUGAGCUCUCAGCCAGCAAUGACAGUCUGACUGACAGCAACAAAACGAAGGAGAAAGGAGGAGUGUUUAAAGGAAUAUUCAGAAAAUCCCCCAAACCUCCUGAAGGUUCUACACCUGCACAGGACAGUCUGUCUGUACACAGUGAGCUCUCAGCCAGCAAUGACAGUCUGACUGACAGCACCAACACAAAGGAGAAAGGAGGGCUUUUCAGUGCAAUGUUAAGAAGAUCCCCUAAACCUGCUGAUCCCACUGUACCUGCACAGGGCAACCUUUCCUCACACAGUGACAUCUCCACCAGCAGUGAGAGUCUCUCCGAGGACACAAAGGAGAAAGGAGGAGUGUUCAAAGGAAUGUUCAGAAAAUCCCCUAAACCUUCUGAACAUUCUGUACCUGCACAGGACAACCUUUCUACACACAGUGAGCUCUCAGCCAGCAAUGACAAUCUUACUGACAGCAACACCACAAAGGAGAAAGGAGGGAUGCUCAGUAGAAUGUUCAGAAAAUCUAAACCUGCUGAGCAAACUUCACCUGUACAGGGUUCUGUGGAGGCUGAGGGUGAGACGGGUGGUCAGAUGAAGAGAGGGAGAUCACUCGGAAAGAAGCGGGUGGUGUCAUUCAGAGUGAAAAGAACCCUUCCCAGAACACCCAGAGUCCUUUUCCAAUCCACAAAGCAGGACUCUGAGGAGGAGGAUCUGAUAGAGUCUGUAGAGAUGGAGGAACUGUCCUCAGUGCAGGAGAGCUUAGUUGAGGUUCAGACAGUGGAGAUGGCUCCCUACCCCAGUGAAGGAAACCUGGAAUCUGAGGAGGAGGAUGACAGCUUGCUGGAAUGGUGGAGGACAGUGGAAGGUUGGGAUGAGUGGAAUGAAUCUUCAAACUUUAAGGAGGAUGAAGAGGACCUGGCCGUGGAGCAGGCUGCUGACCGUGUGUACUUGGCUGCCCAGCUCUUUGUGCGUCUGUUUAACCAGCGGGGGGCGUCUCUACAGCAGCGGAUCCUGGAGCUGCUCGCUGUGGCUGAUGCUGCCGACAACUUCCACAAGCGCACAGUGGCAGCUAGCAUGGGGGGAGGGGUUGCCAGGGUGGUGGGGAGUGUGACCACCAUCACUGGCCUGGUACUUGCACCCUUCACCUUCGGAGCCUCCAUCAUCGUCACGGCUGUGGGCAUCAGUGUGGCUACUGCAGGUAGCAUUGCUUAUGCCACGGCCAACAUCACGGACACCGUCCACUCCAACAUGGACCGCAAGAAGGUGGAGAAAAUGAUCCAGGGCUACCAGGAGGAGAUAAAGGACAUCCGAGAGUGUCUAGAGUUUGUGCAGGAAGGGAUGGAUGCGCUGCAAGUGCGCAACUUUGAGAAGUACAAGGAAACGGUGGCCAAACGAGCCCUGAACCGGAACAUUAAGCAUGUGGUGAAGGAGGGAGCUCGGGCGGGCAAGGCUCUGAUGAUCAACACAGACAAACUGAUCAGCACAGUGCAGGUACUGAGCGUAGCUGGCAACGCAGCCAAGGCUGCACAAGCCAUGACAGCCACCACCGGCGUCAUGUCCGCGCUCUUCCUCGCGCUUGACAUCUUCUUCCUCGCCAAGGACUCCCACGAGCUGCGCAAGGGCGCCAAGACUAAAUUUGCCACCAAGAUCCGAGAGGUGUGCAAGGAGCUACAGGAUGGCCUGCUGGAGCUGAACCGCAUUAAAACAGCCCUGCAGAAGACCAUGGACGGCAUCGAGCUGGAGGAGUGUGAGGAAGAGGAGGAAGACGAGGAGGAGGAAGAAUCAGACCUGGAGUCAGAUCCAAAGAAACUGGCCUUGCUGGAGGAGGAGAUUGAUCAGCUGGAGGAAGAACUGGACCAGAGAGCCCAGGAGAAGAAAGGAGAGGGGGAG